AAAACGAGACUAGUUUAAAACCCUAAGCUCAACGAAAGAGACGACGACGACCCUUUUGACUCUGAGAGAGACAUAACACACACUUUCUCUCGUCCUCUUCACACGAUUCUCGUCACACCCCAUCUUCGGAAAGUCCGUUCCUUUCCUUUUAUUUUGGUGGUUAAAAGCUCCUCACUUUCAGACAGCCUCUGUAAGAUCUGUCUCGUGCAAAAGAAAAGAUCUUUCCUUUUACUUAAGCUUCUUAUUCUGUCGGGAGCUAUGGGCAAAACCGGAAUCCAGCUGUUCGAUGAUUCAAGGAAUGGUCUUUUCUCAGUUUCCGAUUUGGGAUGUGACUGGAGCUUAACCAGCGGAAACCACCAUCACCCAAUUGGCGCCUUAUUCGCUUGCGUCAAUCAAACUAAUCCAUUAGGAUCCGGAUUCAGUUCCGGAUCCCUCUCUACUCAGCUCAAUGGAAAAGAAGUAGUGUUGGAAGAAGAAGUUAAUGAGGAGAAGACUAAGAAGAAGAAGAAUGGUGGUGGGUUUAAACUGAAGAUAAAGGUUGGUAACCCUUCCUUGCGUCGGCUUAUAAGUGGAGCUGUGGCUGGAGCUGUUUCGAGAACGGUGGUUGCGCCGUUGGAGACAAUCAGGACGCAUCUGAUGGUGGGAAGUGGCGGGAACUCAUCCACGGAAGUGUUUGGUGAUAUCAUGAAGCAUGAAGGUUGGACUGGUCUCUUCAGGGGUAAUUUGGUCAAUGUCAUUCGUGUCGCACCUGCUCGUGCCGUUGAGCUUUUUGUGUUCGAGACAGUGAACAAGAAACUGUCACCAGAACAUGGAGAGCAAUCAAAGAUCCCAAUCCCAGCUUCAUUACUCGCUGGUGCUUGUGCUGGAGUUAGCCAAACCCUCUUGACUUACCCUCUCGAACUAGUCAAGACUCGUCUUACCAUUCAGAGAGGUGUGUACAAGGGGAUUUUUGACGCAUUUGUGAAAAUUAUACGCGAGGAAGGACCCACAGAACUCUACAGGGGACUUGCUCCUAGUCUUAUUGGAGUUGUUCCAUAUGCAGCUACCAACUACUUUGCAUAUGACUCCCUAAGAAAAGCAUACCGGAGUUUUUCAAAGCAAGAGAAGAUUGGCAACAUUGAGACUCUUCUGAUAGGUUCUUUAGCGGGUGCACUAUCCAGCACCGCCACUUUCCCUCUCGAGGUGGCCCGUAAGCAUAUGCAGGUGGGAGCGGUUAGCGGGAGAGUUGUGUACAAGAACAUGUUGGAUGCUCUGGUGAGCAUACUGGAGCAUGAAGGUAUUCUCGGUUGGUACAAAGGUCUUGGACCUAGUUGCUUGAAGUUGGUUCCUGCUGCUGGAAUAUCAUUCAUGUGUUAUGAAGCUUGCAAGAAGAUAUUGGUCGAGAACAACAACCAAGAAGCCUGAGUUUUGGAAGCGUAUGGACUCUUUUUAGAGGUUUUAUCAGAGCAACACAAUGGGUAUAUUAGGAUUCAUAGUUCUAAAUUUAUUAUACCAGUUGAGAUUACACAAUUGAUGUUGAGAGGAUUCAAAAGGAUUUUCAUUUUUCCAUUAUGUUGUUGGAUUCUGGGUUUAUCUGAUUUUGAUUCAAAUAAGCUUUAUGUCAGUUCACACAAUCUUUUUUGUGGUUGUAAAGAAAAACAAAGCUUUUAACAGUACAAAGGUGAGGCCUCUUAACAAAUUCAAG